UCUUCUCUUUUAUCCCUCCCCUCCUUCUUCUUCCUCUUCCUAUGACACUCUCUCGAUUGCCCUUUAUUCACAAGCGGGCUACGCUUUUCUCUUCCGAGUAGUGGUGGAGCACUACCACAUACGAGGGCCGUAGAAUGUCUUGUUUAUUGCCGCAGUUCAAGUGUCAGCCCGACACUUUCUCUAUCCACUACAGAGCUCAUCCUCAUGUUUCUCUUCUCUCCACUCAUUCUCACUCGCACUCCCAUCUCCCAAAAAAUAGAGAAACUCUGUGUUUCCAGGCACAUUGUCUUUUAUCUGCCACACCUCCUUCCACCUCAUCAUCAACUGGAUCAGCAGCAAUUCUCAGCUUGGAAAAGUUGGCAUUAGCUCCUAUAGAUGGUAAUUCUGACUCAGUCACUGCAACCAGACCUUGGACAUAUAGUGGUACAACUGGUCCACCCACAGAGGCAAGCUUUAAAGCAACUUUAGCUGCAGAAUCUCUUAUUACUAGUGAAGAGGCUGUAAUAGCUGCUGCUGCUUCUGAAGCUGUUGCCCUUGCUAAAGCAGCUUUGAAGGUUGCAAAGGAUGCAGCUAUGCUAGCCAAAAAUAAGUCCCCAGCAGAAUCAGAGUAUAAACCGUCUAUUUCUUCCAAACCUGAUAACUUACUUCUUAAAUGGGUACAACGUAUGGAAGCUGAAGAUGGUCUAGUGGGAGGGUCCAUGGGCACUGAAGCAGAGACAAUGCGAGACGGUAGCAUAAAUAAUAAUGAAGAGGAGUCUGAUGAUGUGGAGCCGACAAAUGAGGAUCUUGAGCAUCUGGAGGAACAGCUUUUUGGCACCAUAGCUGUUAGGUCAAAGCGCCAAACUGAACGAAAAGCUAGAAGAGCCAGGGCAGCUGAGAGGGCUUCCACAAAUAUUCUAUCUUUCAAGUCUGGAUCUUCUAGCCGUAAAAAACGUGCUGCUAUGCAAGAAGUAGACUAUACUGAUCCAUUACGAUAUUUAAGAGCAACAACUAGCACUACUAAACUUCUUAGUCCAACUGAAGAACUUGAGCUAUCUGAAGGAAUACAGGACCUACUAAAGUUGGAAAAACUCCAGGAUGAUCUAGCAGAAAGAUGUGGCAGUCCGCCAACAUUCGCUCAAUGGGCUGCAGCAGCAGGAGUGGAUCAGAAAACCUUGAGAAAGCGCUUAAAUUAUGGCACCUUUUGCAAGGACAAAAUGAUUAAGAGUAAUAUAAGGCUUGUCAUAUCAAUUGCUAAAAAUUAUCAGGGAGCUGGAAUGAAUCUCCAGGAUCUUGUCCAGGAAGGAUGUCGAGGCCUUGUGAGAGGUGCUGAGAAGUUUGAUGCUUCAAAGGGUUUUAAGUUCUCCACCUACGCUCACUGGUGGAUUAAACAAGCUGUUCGGAAAUCACUUUCUGAUCAGUCAAGGACAAUUCGCUUGCCGUUUCACAUGGUGGAGGCAUCUUACAGAGUGAAGGAAGCAAGAAAACAAUUGUAUAGUGAAAAUGGAAGACAACCUGAUGAUGAAGAAAUCGCUGAGGCAGCUGGACUAUCCAUGAAGAGGCUAAAUGCUGUUCUUAUGACCCCAAAAGCUCCUAGAUCACUGGAACAAAAGAUUGGGAUCAACCAGAAUCUUAAACCUUCGGUCUGUCCUCGUCUUAUUCAAACUUUUCCCAUUCAAAUGUCAAUACCCUUCUGUCUUUUUGACAUGACUUAUGUUUUACUAUCAAGGAAUUUAUGA